AGCAAGCUGUAUUUAAGCACUUACCACAAUAGGUUCGUUUUAUAGUUGAAGCGUCUAUUUUUUUACGAUUCUGUCUGUUGUUGUAUUUUGUGCUUUUUUGGCGUAAAGAGUUGAACGAGUUUCGUGACAAGCGUUUAUACCUGCAUGAUUUUAUAUUGGGUCAUGUAGAAAAGCCAUAAAUCACAAAAGCUGACACAGCCGACUGGCAUAUGUCCUUUGGGCAGGCACUAAUGUUCAUGUGGAAAUAAAAAUUGUUAGACUUGCACACAGUUGGCUUAACAAACAAGCAAAGAAAAAAAACAAUCUUUCAAUUGAUUACUUAUACACCAGCAGCAACUGGACACACUGAGGAGCGCACUGAGCCAACAAAUUGCUGCUGCUGCUGAAUAGAUACAACGCACACGCCAAAGAGGCGCAAGGAUAAACAUGAAAGCGACUGUGGUGCUGGUGGCGCUGCUGUAUCUUAGCCAGCAGUUUAGUUGCAAUGACAGCAAUCAGUUUCAUGAGGAUGCAGAGCAGCAGAAUGCAUAUCACAUUAGUGAGUCGCAGCAGGAUAAAACUGAGAAAAUGGAAGUACCAAAGGAUCAGAAACUAAUUGUGCGCUUGCCAUCCAAUACACUGAUGAAGUAUACAUCCUACAAGGAUGUAUCCAUACUACACUUUCAUGUGCCAAUGGAUUCACGAGAUGCAUAUUUUACUUUUAAAGCAUUUGAAGAAGCCAAAAGUGCCUUUCAAAGACAUUGCAAGCCCAAAGAUAUCUCGCUGUAUUUAAAACCGGGCAGCUUUCCUGUGAUAAAUCCUGAAAAUAUAACGUUUCCCAAAAACUUUAUAAGCGCUGAUGACAGAUACCAAACGCAAGUUCUACAGUUCUACUCCGACGAUGUGGAGCAGCGCAUACAUAUUAAAGGACCCGUCAUGGGCAACUGGUUUGGCGUUGCUUUUAUCAGCUGGACAGAUCCCAACAAUGAUCGCAUUGAGCAACAAGGACUGUCUGCAUCCUGUGACAGUUUGAUACAGGCCGAGCUGUCAGUGACACGCUUCUACCCGAUUAUCAUAAAUGCUGAGCAAACGCAAAGCGGCAAUCUCACCAGCUCGCAAACACACAAUGCCAACAACAGAGCCAACGCCAAAAUACAAACAGCUCCAGCUACAGCUACAAACGCGACAAUAGCCACAGGCAAUCGUACCCGAGGGAGUUCGCGUGGGACGCAACAUGAUUCAUCGCGUGCUGUGCCACAACCGCAACAACUAAAAGCACCAGUAGACCCAAACGCAUACCCAUAUGCUGGUUUACCCGAUUCGACGCUAGUGUCUGACAACCGCAGCAACAAGGACAACAGCAGCAACAGCAACAGCAGCAGCAACGGCAACAGCAACAGCAACAGCAGCGCCAGAUCGACCACAAACAAUGAAAUCAUUUACAAGUUCUAUGUGCCAGACGGCAUUGGUGUGGCACAAGCACACAUCUCAUUCGCAGAAGUGUGCUCCAACUGUCCGGAAGUUGGCAUUCAGAUUCGGGCCAACGGGUAUACGCCAUAUGCACCGCCAGACUGCAAAGCCAUCGACGGCAACGACGGCAACGAGUUCAACUAUAUGCAGUGCACAGCUCUCCAAACAAAUCAGACCGAGCAAAUCACAAUUGAGUUUAAUGUGCAGCCAAACACAUGGAACUAUUUUCAGCUGAGCUUUAUUGACAACACAGAAGAGUUGCCAUCGCCUGCUAAUAAUGCUGCCAAUGCUGAGCCUUUGACGAAUGUUAAAGCAACAGCUCACCAUAUUGCGUAUACGCUACAAAUACAAUUUGACAAUGAGACUGCCAAGGCGCCCAAUAAUGCCACGAACAAUUUUUGGCAUCCAACACGCUUUCAUGGCAUGGACUUUUAUGCCCUGCUGCGGCAGAGUUAUCGUGAAUUCUUUCUAUUCGACUACGAUUUGCAACCGGAUGGCAAUGGCACAGUGCCGGAGCAGGUCAACCUAACAGCGCAAUCAGCGGCUGGAUUUGCCUUUGAAGUGGGUGAUGUAUACGACAUCGGGGGCACAGUUACCUUUGCUGUGUCAAUGAAUCAAGAGAAAGAGCAAAUGCCCGUGCUGCCAACCACAUCGACAUCCUCAGAGCGAGGCGGCAUUCUGGCGGAGAAACUUGUGGGCGGCUUGGAUGAAACGCCACUAACCAAAGAGCAGCGCAACAAUCAGAGCAUGCAGCUUAUAGUGUGCAUGCAUUUGAAUCUACCAGGUGUGCCCACGUGGCCAGAUAAAUGUCGCUAUGGCUCACGGCUGCUGCAGGCCUCGAGCAUUGUUAACCACACAGAGAACAUGGGACAGAUUCAUGUGCCGUUUCCCGAAACCGGAAUCUGGUACGUGACCAUGGGACUCUAUUGUCAUGGCGCGGAGACUGCACGCGUUACCAUAAUCGACAGCGUAAAGGAUUUUGUGCGUCAGUAUUCGUCGCUGCUGCAGGAUAUGAACCCACCUUGCUCCUGUGCUGCUCAUGCCAAGGCCUAUGAGCUGUGCAUCAACAACCAGGACUGCUUGGCGGGCAUGAACGAAUCGGAAACACUCAAGGUGAAGGAGUGCAUGAUGGAAAAGAAGUGCACGGACAAUUAUAUGGAAAUGACGCGGCGCUUUGAAGUGCAUCACAAGGCGGCCACCGAGCAGCACUUUGCGAUCGACAACUGCACCACAUCGGUCGUGUUCACCAUCUCAUCGAGUCCCUGUGUUUCCGGACGCUGUGGCCGCUUUGGACGCUGCUAUCAUUACAUGUCCGGUGGCUUUGUUUUCUCCACCUGCGUAUGCGUGAAGGGCUAUCGUGGCUGGGACUGCACUGAGGACAGCCAGCUGCCGUCCAGCAUGUCUAUAGUGAUAGCCUCGGUGCUGCUCACAACGAGCAAUCUGCUGUUUUUACCAAGCGUGUAUAUGGCCAUCAGACGACGCUACUAUACCGAAGGCGUCAUUUACUUCUUUGCCAUGUUUUUCUCCAUAUUCUAUCAUGCCUGCGACUCGGGAGAGGAGGAGUAUAGCUUUUGUUUGGUCAAGAUUGGCGUGCUGCAGUUCUGCGACUUCUAUUGUGGUCUACUGGCCAUUUGGGUAACGCUCAUUGCCAUGGCUAAUGUGCCGGAGAAGCUCGUCUCGCUGCUGCACAUGCUGGGCGCCAUAUUGUUGGCCUUUGGCACCGAGCUGAACAAGCAGAGUCUUUGGGUAUUCCUGCUUCCAGCGUUAACGGGCAUUUGCCUCAUCUCCACCAGCUGGGGCUUGCGCUGCGCCAAAACACGUAGACUGUUUCCAGCGCGUCGCUAUCUAACCAUCUUCUUACCCUUCGGCACGGUGCUGGUGAUGAUUGGGCUCGUCUGCUAUGCAUUCCUACAAACCAAGCAGAACUAUCACAUAGUCCAUUCCAUUUGGCAUAUGCUCAUGGCACUGAGCAUCAUGUGCUUGUUGCCCUCGCGAAUAUCUUUCCUACCAAAAUGCUAGCAUAAGGAGACCUCCAGAGAGCUUAUGGUCACAUAGAACGAAUGUGAGCAUUUGUAUUUACAUACUGGGAGAUCAUUACAGGACUUACGGAACAAUACAUGUCGUUAGAGAGAUACACAUACAUCCAUUAAAUUAUUAUUUAAUAUUAAGUCCCAACAGAUUGUUUAAUGCCGGACCCUAAGCUUUCAUGUAGUUGGAACACAAUACUAUAAACUAUGCUAAGCUCUGUCGACUAAGCUAUUGUUAUUUUAGAUAUGAAUGUAUGUAAAAACCAACUAAGAAAGCCUUAUUACUCUUAAUGGAUAGCACGACAAAAUGUAUACUCUAUUCAUAGACUAAGGCCGACUGCGCAAACACAUAGAAUUGCUUAGUAAAUGUACUCUUAAACACUAUACUACUUAGUUAAAAAUACCUGCUUCCUAAUUGUAAGUGUAAAAGCAAACACAUACACACGUAUGAUUAAAUAAGAUAUGUAAACAA